AUGACCGAACAGACCCCGGAAAUUGUGGCAGCAGCCGAGCUCAGCCCGCUGUCACCCAGGCCCCUACACACCUUCACCUCGUCACCCAUCUCUGUGCCGGCACUCCAAGACCAAGCCGAUAAUCUGGACGUAGCAUCGCUGGAUAAUCUUGCCUCAGCCAACCACUUGCCUAUCAUGGCCGCCACUCAUGAUGCUGAUGACACUAUCGUAGUGGCCGGCUCAGAUGAAUCUGACGCGAGCAUCGCCGACGACGACAGCUUUGAUGCCUAUGGCGAAGACGAUGACACCCAGCAGCAGGCCAACGAGCAGGGCGCUAGUAAUGAUGACUAUGCGAACACCUUUGACUCCCCACCUGCACAAGAGGCAGAUGCAGACCAAGCAGCCUCAGCUGCAGCAAACACCGCACCUGAUUCCCUGAGCCUUGCUCAACCGUCUAAAACGUUGCCCAAUCAAGCCUCAGCGGCCCUCACCUCUGGCGAUGCAUCUCCAGCAAACCCCUCCAGUGCGCAGUCGGCCACUCCCAGCCCGCCUCAGCCCACCGAAGUCGCCAAACCCACCGCCGACUCUCAGCCUGAUCCUGUUUCCCGCGCAGCAAACCCAAACCUUCCCUCCCAGACAGCCCAACCAGGACCUGGGUCGGAUGAGGAUUCUUCAAGUGUUCCAAUUGACAUUGAGAAGCUGGUAGACGACCUUGCAGCCAAAGCUGCUGCUGCUCCUGCUCCAGAGCCUGCCCAUUCUUCUGAUGAGCCCAGUUCCGCCGUCCUCUCGCAGCCGCCGUCCUCUGCUCCAGGCCCGCCUCAGCCGUCUUCACUGCCCCCAAAGCCCACGAUGACUCAAGAUGCUGCCCACUUGAAUGCGCUCCCCUCCAGCUUCCAUCCCUCUUCCACUGGUGGAAAUCCCGGCUAUGGUGCAUCAUCUGCCUCAACGGGGACCGCUUCCCAUGCUCCGUUCCACGUCUCCUCCGGCCAGACGUCUGCCCAUGCCACUCCGGGUGCUCCAGGCACCUCCAACGAUGCGGUGCAUACCUUACCUCCUCCUCCCUCUGCCAAUUUCCCUGGCACUCCGGGCUCCGCAUCCUAUCCCCAAGCCCAGGCGUAUUCUAAUCCCGCAGCCCUUCCUAGUCAAGAUCCGCAACCACAAGACGGACAACAGAGCUUUGAUGACUUUGUUGCCGACGAGCGGCGCUACAUGGCCGAGGCCAAAUGGGAACGAUUCCCGGAAGGCUCUCGGAUAUUCAUCGGCAACCUCUCCCAGGAACGAGUGUCCAAGAGAGAUGUCUUUGACCUUUUUCACAAGUACGGCCGGAUGGCCCAGAUCUCUCUCAAAUCAGCGUAUGGGUUCGUGCAGUAUCAUUCCGUAGCCGAUGCGCAACAGGCUAUGGAGGCUCUGCAAGGCAUUGAUGUUCGCGGUCGCAAGAUCCAUCUGGAAUACUCUCGUACACAGAAGAAGGACAAGGACCGCGACCGCGAUCGAGAUCGGUCGCCGGACCGUAGCAAGAAUCGAGGCGCUGCUCGCGGCACCGACCGGUACGACGGCCGAGAUAAACGAGGUCGGGACGACUGGCGGGCAACCAACGAUAAUGCUGCCCGUCGUAAUAGCGAACGGUUGAGAGAUUCUCGUUCCUCUGGGUACGAGUCCUUCGACCGGUCCCGAGAUCGGUCCAGAUCGCCAAACCGCUAUGGUCGACGAGACAACGACUCGUACCGGCGUCGGAGCCCCAGUCCAUAUGGAAGAAGCCGCCACGAAGGCGAUGGGCUCGACAUUCCUCGGCGAUACGGGAGCGAUGUACCAGACGUUCAACUCCUUCUCACUCAAGAGGUUGAGAGGGGCUUUGUUGGUUGGGUAGAACGCGCUUUCCAAGACCGCGGUUUGAAAACCGAUGCCAUGUUCCUCAACCCACGUUUCCCCCGGGAUACUCUCAUCCAGCGCCAGGUCAUCGAAGGUGUUCAUGCUGUGGUCGAGCUUAAUAGUCGCGCCCAGAACUUCGCCAAAAUCCCGCUUCAACUCUUCGACCGGUCAGCGGGGACGCAAAACGUCCGGUUCGACAUCUAUCAAGAUCUCGAUCCGCCCAUGGCCGCGGAGCUUGUUCUCAGGGCACGAGCUGGCGCUCCCUCGAACCAGCCUACCUACCCUCCGGCGCCUAAUGCCUAUGGUCAAUCCUACGCGGCUCCGGCCCAGGCAUUUGGUCAGGCGUAUGCCAACCCGCAAGGCCCUCCUGCUCCCCAAGGGAUGCCGGAUCUGUCAGGGUUGGUUGGUCAUAUUGAUAACGCCACCCUCCAAAAGGUUUUGGCCGCCUUGCAGACUUCACAGGCCCCUGGGUCCGGGAUGUCAGUCCCGCCCCCUGCCUACUCGCCUCCUGGCCAGCAGAUGGCGAUGCCGGGUGCUCCUGCUACCUCGACGCCCCAGAUUGACAUCAAUGCCUUGCUUGGAAGUAUACAAUCUGCCGCUGGGGGGCCUUCCCCUCCGCCAGGUGCUGGUCCCUACGGCUACCCUGGCUCCGGAGCUCCCAGCAUGAUGGCGCCUGCCGGGGCGGGAAUGAACCCCAACGCCCCCGGAGCGGGCGCGGAUUCUGCGCAAGCUGUCCAAUCGAUCAUGGCUCAACUUGCUAAGUUCAAGUAG